ACCUGGUACCAUUACAUGAGUCCUAUCCUUUCGCAACUUGGCUCGCCUUUCAUGACAAGAUUUUUGCAUAUAUCCAUCAGGACCCUCGCUAACCGAACCAAAAUGGCGCUGGAACAGGUCUCGAGUGCAAAAUGCUUUGGCGGAUUCCAGAAGGUUUUCAAGCACAAAAGUUCAGAACUGAAGUGUGACAUGAACUUUGCAGUCUAUGUUCCUCCUCAGGCCGAAAAAGAGAAAGUUCCUGUUUUGUAUUGGCUGUCAGGCCUAACAUGCACUGAACAAAACUUCAUCUCAAAGGCUGGGGCGCAACGUACCGCAUCUGAACACGGUGUUCUGAUUGUGGCUCCUGACACAAGUCCUCGAUCAUGUGGUAUCGAAGGUGAAGAUGACAGCUAUGACUUUGGAACUGGUGCAGGGUUUUACCUUGAUGCAACAGAGGAGAAGUGGAAGACAAAUUACAGAAUGUUUUCCUACGUCACAAAAGAGCUCCCAGCUUUGAUUCAGAGUAACUUUCCAGUUCUGCCAGACAAGCAGUCAGUUUUUGGCCACAGCAUGGGUGGACAUGGAGCUCUAAUUUGUUUCCUUAAAAACCCAGGAUUUUACAAGUCGGUCUCAGCCUUUGCACCUAUUUGUAACCCAGUGAAUUGUCCAUGGGGACAGAAGGCAUUUACUGGAUACCUGGGUAGUAACAAGGAAGCAUGGAAGGAUUAUGAUGCUACUGAACUGGUGAAAAAAUACCCGGGACCACCUCCAGACAUACUCAUUGAUCAGGGAUUGGAUGAUGAGUUUUAUCCAAAUCAACUGCUUCCGGAAAAUUUUGUUGAAGCUUGCAGGUCAAAAAAUGUGCCGGUCACCUUGAGAAUGCACGAGGUAACUUGCUUAUUCUUAAAUCGUCUUUGUGAUGAUAUUAGCUAAGAAAGUGAGGAGAAAGAAGUAUUUAAAUUACCUUUUGUGAACAUUAAAUAGGAGGAGGUGGCGCUACUUAGCAUGAACAUGGUUGUUAGUUUCUUAUAAUUAUUGAUUAAAGAAACGCUUAGGAUGGGUUGGCGGGAAACUGAAA